GAACACGUGACCACGCUUGUCGAAGUUACGUCCGGUUUCCUGGCCCCGUCCACUUCCUUUCCGCCUGCACGCGCUCUGUGGUGAAUACGCGUUACCCCUGUACUCUCGGAGAAGAUGCGUUACGUAGCUGCUUACCUGCUGGCUGCUCUGGGGGGCAAAGAGAACCCCAGUGGCACUGACAUCAAGAAGAUCCUGGAGAGCGUGGGCAUCGAAGCUGACGAGACCCGCAUGAAAAAGGUCGUGUCAGAGCUCAAUGGCAAAUCAGUUGAGGAUGUGAUAGCUCAAGGUUACAGUAAACUAGCCAGUGUGCCAUCUGGUGGCGCUGUUGCAGUGGCGGCAUCUGGUGCUCCUGCUGCUGGAGGUGCUGCAGCUCCUGCAGCAGCAGCUGAGGAGAAGAAGGAGGAAAAGAAAGAGGAGUCAGAAGAAUCUGAUGAUGACAUGGGAUUCGGGCUAUUUGACUAAACCCUACAAAUGGGACCAAAAUAAAAUUUGUUUAAAAAAAAAUGUCAUUUGUUUUGGAUGAGGAGUAUUUGUUUUGGA